UGGCCUCCUGACUUGACUCCUUCCUCUUGAGUCGACAGUUGUGUCUUCUAGCUCUGUAUCCACCGAAAAACUCCCGUUAAUUAAACACCGAAUCUAGCACUCCCGAGCUACGGCCACACCGAAUAACGGACCAUGGCGGACCAAGCAUAUGUGACGCUGGCCACAAAUGACAACUAUGCCAAAGGAGCGAUGGUUCUGGGGAGGUCGCUACGCAACCAUAACACAACCAAACAGCUGGUGGUUCUGAUUGGACCUCACGUAGCAGAGCCCUGCAGGGCCAUGCUGAGUAGCAUCUAUGACGAGGUGUGUGUGGUGGAUAUCUUGGACUCUGGGGACACGGCCCACCUGGCCCUGAUGAAGAGACCAGACCUCGGAGUGACCUUCACCAAGCUGCACUGCUGGACACUCACACACUACACCAAGUGUGUGUUUAUGGACGCAGACACACUGGUGUUGUCCAACAUUGAUGAGCUGUUUGAGAGGGAGGAGUUAUCUGCGGCGCCUGAUCCUGGUUGGCCAGACUGUUUCAACUCAGGCGUGUUCGUCUUUAAACCGUCCAAUGAAACAUACCGCAGCCUUAUGACACACUGCACUGAGAACGGCAGCUUUGACGGUGGGGACCAAGGAGUUCUGAACAGUUUCUUCAAUACCUGGUCAACAGCAGACAUUUCCAAACACCUGCCUUUUAUCUACAACCUCAGCAGCAUCGCUAUAUACACCUAUCUACCAGCCUUCAAACAGUACGGUCAUGAGGCUAAGGUGGUCCACUUCCUGGGGAAGGUGAAGCCAUGGAGCUACUCCUAUGACACCCGGACUGGGAAGGUCAAAGGUCACACCCUGACCCCUGGCUCAGGUGACCUGCACCCUGACUUCCUGGUUCAGUGGUGGAACCUCUACUCCUCUGGGGUCCUACCUGCUCUCAGAGACUCAUAUGGAGAUGCACUGUUCUGCUCCGGCUGCACUGAGGAGGAGGUCUGUGACAGUGUGGUUGAGAUCAUCCUCCCCCCGCCUCCCCCUAAGGCGCCCCAGGUGUCCAGUGAGGAGAGGAGGCAGCGAUGGGAGGCGGGCCUGGCGGACUACAUGGGAGCCGACUCUUUCGAAAGCAUCCAGAGGAAACUAGACUGCUUCCUCAAGUAGAGGGCCAGAGGAGGGAUUACUGAUGGAAAGGGCAUCUAUUGGCAGGCCUGAGAUGUGUCAGUCAGGGCGGGGAUAAACAGGCAUUCGACCAAUCAGAAGCGAAAGCGGUAGAGCAUGGCGUAUUGAAAAACAGUCCCAUCCUGGGCCUCUCUCUCUCUCUCUGUUUUUCUCUCUCGGUAUGUGUGUGUGUGUGCGCAUGUGUGUGCGUGUGUUUGUGUGUUCGCGUGUGGCCUGGUCCUGCAGAAAUAACCCCUGCAGAGACUGGUCCAUUCAGUGUUCGAACACCAGUUUACUACACUAUGCAGCCCCCAUACCACCACCUCAGCGCAGAAGCCUUGGUCAGUAAGUAAUGACUCAGUAAUAACCUCACUGUGACUCUGCCUCACCAAGUCCCAUCCAGACCCCAUGACUCUAACAGCUCUAACCCAGUUACUCAGUCAAACCUGAUAAUGAUAGGGCAGUUGUGCUUUUACUCUUUAAAUUAUUCAGAGAUAUGUCGGUAUGAAGUAUUUCCCUCUAUAAAAUGGAAUAACUGUUAUUUUGUUUAAGGUUUGCAUCCCAGUGGUUAUUUCUGCUCUCCAUAUGUGUGUUGUGCAUGGUUGUUUCUUUAUAUUAGGAUUAUUGUGAAGGAAGCCUGUUUCUAAAGUGGAAAACCCACCGUAGCACUUGUCAUUUCGCCAUGUCCUGUUUGUUGUUAUCUCUUCCUGAGGGGUUUCAUCACUUCCUGUGUAGUCUGACCAGUUGCCUUACCACUGUCAAAGACUCUUAUUUCACAACUAGGCCUAUUCUAGUUGUCGCCGUUCACUGUUUACAGAAAACACUUCUCUGCUGCUGCCACCCCCCCCUCCACCUCUACUCCAUUCAACCCUUCUACAGACCUACCUCUACCCUCCUCCAGCUCCCCUCUACUCCAUUCAACCCUCCUACAGACCUACCUCUACGCUCCUCCAGCUCCACUCUACUCCAUUCAACCCUCCUACAGACCUACCUCUAUGCUCCACUCUACUCCAUUCAACCCUCCUACAGACCUACCUCUACGCUCCACUCUACUCCACCCUUCUCUCCCCUCAACUUGACACCCCCCAUCUCCAACUCAACUCACCCCUCCUACAGCCCCACCUUGCCAACCCCCCCCUUCACCACCCUCCAACAUCAACACCCUGAUGUCUCUUCCUCUCCCUGAAGUGUGUACCUUCAUCCCACCUUGUAGAUUUAAAAGGAAUGGACUGGUGUGAGGAAAAUCAUGUCGGAUAUUAUUUUGACAUGGUGAAAACUCAAGUCCAUGAUUAAUCCAAUGCGUUCACAUCCAUGAAGGGAACUGAGUGAGCAGGACAAGUGCACACGGGGGCAUAAGGCCAGUAGGGAAUCCUAACACAUACAGCCUAAAAUGAUAUAGUAAGUAAUGGGACGUAAUAGUUUUGUGGUCCCUCUUAAUACACCCACAAACGGCUCUAUAGAGAAGUUUCCAAACGCUGUGAAACCUUGUGUGUUCUGAACACACCCCGGUAGCUCUCACUGUUUCUGUUCUGAACACAACCCGGUAGUUCUCACUGUUUCUGUUCUGAACACACCCCGGUAGUUCUCACUGUUUCUGUUCUGAACACACCCCGGUAGCUCUCACUGUUUCUGUUCUGAACACACCCCGGUAGUUCUCACUGUUUCUGUUCUGAACACACCCCGGUAGUUCUCACUGUUUCUGUUCUGAACACACCCCGGUAGUUCUCACUGUUUCUGUUCUGAACACACCCCGGUAGCUCUCACUGUUUCUGUUCUGAACACACCCCGGUAGUUCUCACUGUUUCUGUUCUGAACACACCCCGGUAGUUCUCACUGUUUCUGUUCUCUGUAGACACCUAAUAAAGGACUGGUGAAGAAGUCUC